AUGGUUGUUAUAGAGUUCAAAUUUUGCAAUCAGACCAUCUCGCAUCCUGUUUCCGGAUCAAUUACUGUCAAGGAGAUGAUAAGUGUGGCGAAACAUAAGUGUCCCUAUGUUCAUGAAGAACUCAUACUUUUUGGUUACACUGUAGAAGGGAUCUCAAAUGUCAUCAAUCAUGAUUUGGAUUUGAGGUUUUUCAUUCACUACUGCAUCUCACAAGGGAUUGACUUGGUGAAGUUUGAAAUCCAGUUAAGCACCUGUGUUGAUUCUAUUUAUUCAUCAUCUUCUUCUGCUCUUGCUCCUGCUUCUUCGUCAUCAUCAAGUUGUAUUUUAAGCGAUGAGCUAGCUGUAUUGGAAGACGUCACUGAUGAUGUGUGUUUGAUCAAAAAGGUCCUGAAGAAGUCUGAUGCUUGGGUCAACAUCUUAACUGGAGUAGGGAAGUUGUUUGAAGGUGGUAUUAAAGAAGUUAAGGAUUGUGUUACAAAGUAUGAAACAAAUAGUGGUCGCAAAUACAAAUUGAAGAAGAGUGACCUUGUGCGAUACACUGUGGAUUGCAAUUUAACUAAUUCAGACCCAUCAAAAGUUAGGAUGAUAAAAUCGUUUAUGAAGGAUAUUUUGGCAGAUGAUUUACGAGCAUCUAAGAAGAAGAAGACUGCCUCCGACGUUAUAGAUUUACUCCGAAUGGAAUAUGGAGUUGACCUCAAUGUGACGCGUCAGUUGAAAAGGUUUUUCGUGGCCUUUGAAGCUUCUAUAACUGGUUUCAACAAUUACUGUCGUCCGAUGCUAUUUAUCGAUUGUACCUUUCUCACUGGGGAGUUCAAAGGUGGUCUUAUGGUUGCUUGCGGCAAAACUAGUAACCAAGAGAUCUAUCCAGUUGCAUUUGGAAUUGUCGAAAGUGAAAAUUAUGAUAGUUGGCAAUGGUUCUUAACCAAUUUGAUGGGUAUUAUUCGUGAAGAUCGUCCACUGACCAUCAUAUCAGAUCAUGGAAUCGGCCUUUUGAAGCAUGUGCCUGAAGUCAUCCCAAAUGCUUUCCAUUCGUUCUGUUUGUACCAUAUGAAAGGAAAUAUUCUUGUUCCAAAGGGCAGGAGUAGACAAACUGCAGUCAAGUUAUUCGAAGAGUGCUACACUGCAUUAACAAAGCAAAAGUUUUAUGCUGCUGCGAAGAGUAUGAGUAAUCUAAAGUUGGAUCCAGUGGUUGCUUGGAUGAUGAAGAUUCCAUUCGAGAAUUGGGCUGCUCAUGCAUUUCUAGGAGAAAGGUGGGGUGAGAACACAUCUAAUAUUGCUGAGAGUUUUAACAACGUCAUUAAGCAUGAUAAGCCGCUUCCAGCACUUGUGCUUGUUGAUGUUAUUCGUGCUAAGGUAAUGGAGCAUAAUUAA